GAAUGAUUGAUUAUCAACAGUCCAGUCAUCUCGUCUCUUCUACCGCUUUUACCACAUACCUAUUGUACUCUCAAUAUCACGCACAAUACGCCUUUCUGGUUGACACUCUCGCCUGCCCGAUAUGAAUAGUGCAGCGCCUGGCAAAAGGCAAGAUGUCUGUCUGGAUAUUUUGGGACAACAGCCAUCUAAUAGGAUGUAUACACAGGUCUGCCUUUGCUUUCCGGUAGCCGAUGAUUCCUCAUAUUCAGCAAUCAUCGUCAAGUUGACCAGUGGCCUGGAUCGACUAUCAACUAGCUUUCCAUGGAUUGCAGGCAAGGUCAUCAACGAAGGCUCAUGCAAAGACAAUACAGGUGUCUAUAAAAUCCAUACAUUGGAGCAGACUGAUCUUCUUGUCUUGAAAGAUCUCAGAGAUGAAUCCUCGAUUCCGACCAUGGAUACCCUCAGGCGAUCCAACUUCCCUUUUGGUAUGCUUGACGAAAACAUCUUUGCACCUUGCAAAGGUCACCCAGGUGAUCAAUCAGCAUCAGAUCCCGCGCCAGUCUUCAUCCUCCAAGCCAACCUCAUAAAUGGCGGCAUCAUUCUCACAUUCGUUAGCCAGCACCAGACAAUGGACAUGGUUGGUCAAGGGCAGAUCAUGUAUCUCUUGUCAAAGGCCUGCCACAACAAACCAUUCACAGAGGAAGAAGUGUUAUCCGGUAACCUUCCUCGCCAUAAUCUUAUCCCUUUACUCGAUUGCUCUUCCAAACAAGGCCCUGUGGCUACUUGUCAAGCUGUGAAAUCCAUUCCAUCUCAACCCAUCUGCAAUGCUAACGAUAUUCAAUUCCCACACCCACCUCCAUCUCCUGAAUGCACCUGGGCCUACUUCACUUUCCCCACUACUUCUCUUGCUGCUUUAAAAUCACUUGCCAAAGAGGCUAUCACCGGUCCAGAUCACAUUUCCACCGACGACGCCCUUAGCGCCUUUAUCUGGCAAUCCGUCAUCCGUGCCCGCCUUCCUCGCUUGGGUCCCACGAUAAAAUCAACAUUCGGGCGGUCCGUCGACGUACGCAGUCGUAUGAAUAUUCCAGUAACGUACCCGGGACUCAUGAGUAAUACGACGUAUACUACGUACACUGCCCAGGAGCUAGUUGCGGAGCCGUUGGGCGUUGUCGCAUCACGGCUUCGUUCGGAUUUGAAUCCUGCAACAUCAAGUCUGAUCUAUGAUACCCGUGCCCUUGCCACGUUUCUCAACAGCAACCCAGACAAAAAUCUUGUCUCUAAUACAGCACCGCUUGAACUUUCAACGGAUAUUAUAUUCAGCUCGUGGGCGAAGAUAGGCAUUUAUGAUCUUGAUUUUAAUCUUGGAUUGGGCAAACCUGAAGCUGUGCGGAGACCGCGUUUCAACACGGUUCAGAGUUUGAUGUUUUUGAUGCCUAAGACUCUGGACGGCGAGAUUGCGGCUGCUAUAUGCUUGAGAGAUGACGAUCUGAAUAGAUUACAGGAGGACAAUGAGUUUAGAAAGUAUGGUGUAUAUAUUGGGUAACGUGUAGUGCGCAAGAAGAUUGAUUGCUAUGGCAGAUCUUGUUGAUAAUGAAAGGUAUGAGGAAUUUAUAAUAUUUUUAUUAUAAGCUCUCAUGCUGAGCGUGGGGUACGCGGGGUGUUCCGUCUGAUAUUUGACAAUAUUAUUGAGUCUAGAACUGUUUUCCCAAUCACUAGAAUAUCUGUGUAGACGAGAUUCAGCUUAUA